UGCACAAACUUAUAUUCCUCCAAAAUGGGUUGUUGCAUUAGCAAAUGCCAACCAAAUCCAACACCAAAAUUACCUCAUUCCAACAAUAUUAUUCCUAGUGUUCAAGACAAGCUUGUGAUCAUCUCUCAAUCUCCACCUUCUACACCACCAUCUCCUCCACGAAAACGAAAAACCAUUCAAUCUCCGCCGUCAUCCAUAACCUCGGCUUCAUUGACAUGUUCGACACAAACCAAUACUUGUUGCUCUUCUACAUUGUCGUCGGCGUCUUCCACUUCUUCAUCCGUGGCAUUGUUUUCAAAGGUAGCAGACCGUUCGUUUUCAAAUGACUUUUUACAUUCUUGUGCUAUGGAAAAUCCUCAAAUAGUCGGUUUGGAUCAUCAUGUCAAGAAAAGCGGAGAAGUGAAGAAGUUAAGCCCCGGAACGACACAAAAACGUCCACGGGCUAGCUCUCCAACUAUCACCCGACAAAAAAGCUUUAGAGUUGAAAAGGAAAAACCGCUAAAUACUAGUAUUGUAAAUGGGAGAAAUUUCACAAUGAGAUCACCUUCUCCUAGUAGAAGGUUCAACACAUAUAAUAAUACAAGUAGCUAUCAAAGACAACAACCAAUGUUAGUGUCAAGAAACACAUAUAAUGAGAGUAACCGUAUAGUAAAAGCAAAUUCGCGGCCAGCUAGUCCAUACCGUAAUGUGAUUAAUAACAAAGAAUAUUCAAGGCCUGUCUACAUGAAGAACAACAACAAAGAUAGAUUUGGGUAUGAAGUUGGCUCAAAAGUAGAAGGUGUUGGAGUUGGACAAGUGUUGUCAAAAGUGGAUUAUUCUGAGGCUGUUCCUAUGGAGGAGGAUCUUGAUAAUCCUCACAUAGCUUUGGAUUGCUUCAUUUUUCUGUAAAGUGAUAUCCAAUAUCAUUUUUCACGGGUUAUAUAUAUGAUCCACUACCGUUUACGAUGAUAUAAAGGGAUCGAGGUGAGAUCGACAUAGGUAGAAAGACUGUUUCGAAAAAGGAUUUCCAGCAUACAAGAGUAAGAAUCAAAUUUUUAAUCUAUAUAUGUCGUCCGAGGCAAAGAAUUUUCCACUUUAUCCAUGGCUCCAUGCCUUGAUUGUUUUGUGAAAAAAAUAAUAUAGGAAACAUUAUUUUGAUGUUCAUAGGCAGAUAUUUUUAUUCAUAUUCUUAUUAGUUUUUUUUUUUUUCAUGGUUGUUGAAUUUUGGGAAU